CCGUCGAAACGGCGGAGGAAGGCACUCCAUCCUACGACUUUCUCCCUUUUCUUUAUUUGGUAAAGUGAAAAAAGGUUCUCACGUAAUUCUCAUAUACACGAGUUUGUUCUCUUCCUUCUUCCACAUCCAUUGGUAACUACUUUACUCCAUUGAGACGACCGAAAACGAACUUUGAAGUUGGUGUAGAAUCGCGCAAAACCACACAUUCACCCGAUCCGGGACUAGCUCGAUAUCCUUAUUCACCCCUGUGCUCAAUCAAAAAUUCAAGAUUUGAAAGAGCUCAAACUUAUAAAGAUAUUGACAGUUUCUUGAGACAUCCAUCUAAGCUUCGAGAAACAUCUGCCCUUGGAACUUCCGGUACCAUCAAAUUUCAAGAGACAUUCAAGCCCCGUCAAGUCUUCAAGCCUCCAGCGCCAUUCAACAAACCCACAAUUCGUCAUUCGAAAUGUCAGCUAGACCAACUUCAGUGACUCUCGCUGAUGAAGAACAUCGUAAGAAACGUGUUAGGAAAGGAACCAAGAGUUGCUGGGAAUGUAAAAGAAGAAAAGUCAAAUGUCAAUUGAGUUCUGAAAAUGUCAGCGUUUGUUCUGGUUGCCUAUCACGCGGGACGACUUGUAUAAGUCAAGAAUAUCCAGAAGAACAUGAUUCUUCAGGUGGCCCACAAAUUGGUGAACGACUUGGUCGUAUAGAGCUUACUCUUGAUAAAUUAAUGGCAAAAUUGGAUCAGUAUGACGAGCAAGAAAACGCCACAAAAAUUCAUACUCCAGAAAGUAUGGGUACUGGUGAUGUUCUUACACCAUUCCCACAUCCUACCUCAACUGGAUAUAAUAGUGCUACAAUUGCACCGAUACUUUCUCUUUUUGAUAAUGCUGUUGUAAGUAUUGCCCUAUUCCAUAUUCCAUAUCCCAUAACAUGUCUCAUAUCUCAUGUCCAAUACCCCAUAUACUCAUAUAUUUGCUCACGUCCAUCAAAGUUAGGUCGCCGAGAAAAGGAAAAUGAAUUCAUGACUUCCAAAUUGAAAUCAAACGGAGAGAAGUCCACUAAUCAAUGUCGACCCCUAACAAAGGUUGAAAGAAUCAGAGAUGUUUUGAUAGAACUUCUUCCAUCACAAGAAGCUACAAAUAAACUUUGUUCUUUCAGUGAUUCCUGGCUACUGAUGCAUUCUUUAUCACAACAUUCACCUCAAAUUAUGUUACAGCCAACAGGAUUCAAUCCGAAUCAUUCAUUUAAUAUUCCUGGCAUUGGAAAAGAAAGUCCUGCAACAAUAGCACAAACACUUCUUUACGUAGCUGUAUGCUUACAGCAGGUGCCCCAUGGAUAUGAUGCCAGUCAACUUGGAUUUAACACAAGCAUUCAAGCUCGAACAGACAAAAUAAUAUCAACCGUCUCGGGACUCGUGACCUCGGACGAUGAACUUGUGGCUUGCAUCCAAGGGUUGGAAUGUUUGAUGCUCCUAGGAUUAUUCCAUAUGAAUGCUGGAAACUUACGUCGUUCAUGGCUUACAUUCCGUCGAGGUAUGAAUAUCGGUCAACUUAUGGGUCUACAUAGACGUGAGGAGUUUGGUAGUACAGCUUUACCACCAGGAGGAAUUCACCUUUGGAGAAGCCUUAUGCAGGCAGAUAGAUAUCUAAGUUUACUCUUGGGAAUGCCUGCCGGGGCAGGCGACUGCAUUAUUUUACCACACGAAACAUUCAGCAAUCCUAAUAUCAACCAUGAUCUUCUCUUCAUUAAAAAGAUUACAAAUUUGGCUGGAGGAAUCCUUGAACGAAAUCAAUCCGAGCAUAUUCAUGCAUUUGCCACUACUCAAGAACUAGAUGAAAAACUCGAGAAUAUUGGAAGAGAAAUGCCUUCCUCGUGGUGGGAUAUACCUGAUCAUUUCGAGACCAUCAGCGAAAAGACGAAUUCAGCCGCGAAAUUCGAUCGAAUCAUGUCACAAAUUUACUACUUUCAGUUACAGUCAUUCUUGCAUCUACCUUUUAUGGUUCGAGCCGACACAGAACGUCGUUACGAAUAUAGUAAAUUCGCAUGUAUGAAAUCAUCACGAGAAUGCAUAUCACGCUAUCUCGCGAUUAGACGCUCUGGUGCGGCAUCAUUCUGUUGCAGAGUUAUCGAUUUUGGUGCAUUCACGGCAUGUGUAACUCUCCUCUUGAGUAUUUUGGAAACUCCACCUGUAGGAGGAGAUACCAUUGUGGUGCAAGACCAAAAAUGCUCCGACAGAAAACUCGUGGAAACUGUCCUUGAUGUCAUGAGCGAAUGUGCUUCCGCUGAAGAUGUAAUGGCCAUUCAAAGUGUUGAAGUCAUUAAAACUCUCCUCUCAUCCACUAGCACCAGUGGAAAUCUACGUCUAACAAUCCCAUAUUUCGGAACUAUUUCAAUAGCACGUACGCCAAAAUCUUCAACCGCUACGAAUGUCACUCAAUCGACUCCCUCUAUCAAUACAGACCAACCCUCAUUGAACACUACUCCAGCUCUUAUGGAUAUGACACCAAGAGCCAGCGCACAAGCUCAGAAUGAAUUUGUUACUGCGGUUAAUAGUCCAUGGGCUGCUCAACAAAAGGUCUCUUUUAAGAGUAGUCAAUUUCCUCCACUAGAACUAGAACAACAAUUUGAAGAUUGGCCCGGUUUACAUCCAGAUAAUACGAUGUUUUUUGAUAGUUUAUUGAACACAGAUUUGGAGGCCAAUUGGUACAUGUAGUUGUGGAAUGAAGGAGGGAGAGGUAUCUAAUGGAUGACGUAGAUUCCUUACCAAUUUGAAGUUCCAACUCACAUUUGGAAUUUUGAGACCUGUCAGACUCCAUUCUUGGAAUUUGGAGAGGGAUAAGAAUACAUCGAAAAAUGCGAUUCCUUCCGCGCAUUACGAGGAAAGCUGACGAGUUUGCAAGGUGGCGUCACUUAAGACUGUGUUAUUAAUUCUUUGUUUGGGACUAUUUACAGGGGGUUUAGUGGAGCAUGAGAACGGGGGUCAAAAUGAAUCACAUAGAGAUACCACUAGUAAUCAACGCUUGGGAUAUGAGGAUGUACCACGAGGUAUAAUUUUAAUAUAUGUAGCAUGUAUUUUAUGGAGUAUAUAACGGAAAAGACAUCAGUACGCUCUUCUCAUUAUUUCAGCUAAUUCAUCAAAUAAAAUUAAUUAAGUUCAACUUAUAUGUGCCUUUUUUUUGUGUGUAGUCACGUACUCAUUCCCUAGAGUGUGACAGAGGAUGUAAUGAGCCGAUGAAAUAUCUA